AUGUUUUUUUUUUUCUUUUUUUUUUUUGUCUUUUCAUUGUCUUUCUUUUUUUGUUUCUUCCUCGUUCUCUUUCUGAUUUUAGUUUACCUUUUAUUUACCUAUUUUCCUACUUUGCUUUUGGAUAUUAUUCAUUUCUUUUUUCCUUGUCUGUCUUUUACUUUUCUUCACGUGAAUUCAUUUCUCCUUCGUUCUUUUCUCAAAGAUAAUUUUUGGUUCAAAGCUCGCUCGUUCAUUUGUUCUUCAUUCUUUCCUUUCUCGUUCUUACCACGCCAAUUCUUUUCUGUACUUUUUCUCGCUUUUUCUUUUCUCGUUCGUUUUUCCCUCGUCAUUCCUUUAUCGUUUAUUCGUUUCUCCUUCGUUUUUUUCACCAUCGUUCACUUCUCGUUCAUUUCUCUCUCGUUCUUUUCUCCUUCAUUUCUGUUAUCGAUCAUUCAUUUUGCCCUUUCUUCCUUUCUCCUUCAUCAUUUUCUAGUUCGUUCUUUCCUUGCUCGUCCUUUUCUGCUUUCUUCUUUGUUCGUGCGUUCUUUUCCCGCUCGUUUUUAUCGUUCAUCUAUUUCUUCUUCGUUCUUUUCUCGCUCGUUCUAUUUUGAAUCCUUCAUUUCUCCUUCGUUCAUUUCUCGCUUGUUUUUUUUUUCCUCCUUUAUUUCUGUUAUCGUUCAUCCAUUUCUCCUUCGCUUUUUUCUCAUUCGUUUUUUCUUGCUCAUUCUUUUCUCCUUCGUUCGUUGUUCGCUCGUUCUUUUCUCCUUCAUUUCUGUUAUCGAUCAUUUAUUUCUCUUUCAGUCUUUUCUCUUUUCAUUCUUUUCUUGUUAA